AUGGAUUUCUGGCCGGAGUUUUUAGCAAGCAGUUGGGGAAAAGAGUUUGUGUCCGGAGGACUUGGUGGCACCGCCGGUGUUGUAGCUGGUUAUCCUCUUGAUACACUUAGAAUCCGGCAACAGAAUUCAAGAACCGGUUCCGCCUUUAGCAUCCUCCGCCGUGUUGUCACCAGAGAUGGGCCCUGCGCCCUCUACCGGGGCAUGGCAGCCCCUUUGGCCUCUGUCUUUUUCCAGAAUGCCAUGGCCUUCCAGACUUACGCUAUAUUGUCACGAGCCUUUAGUUCAAACGGUACAGGGGUCGAACCGCCCUCAUACAAGGGGGUUGCUCUAGGAGGAAUUGGAACAGGUGCUAUACAAAGCCUACUUCUUAGCCCUGUUGAACUGGUUAAAAUUCGUCUACAGUUGCAGGGGAAAACGAACGAGAACAAAAAUCAAUCCGGCAGUGAAAAAGGUCCAGUAUGUGUUGCAAGAAACAUAAUAAGAACAGAAGGUUGGAGAGGAAUUUACCGGGGUUUAACCAUCACCGUGCUUAGGGAUGCACCAGCUCACGGCGUCUAUUUCUGGACAUACGAGUAUAUGAGAGAGCAACUUCAUCCUGGAUGUCGAAAGAGUGGCGAGGAGACCUUCAGAACAAUGCUUUUUGCAGGAGGUCUAGCAGGAGUUGCUAGUUGGAUUUUCUGUUAUCCUUUAGACGUAAUGAAAACAAGAAUUCAAGCACAACCAGAAUCCUCCCCAACAAAAUACAAAGGAAUUGCCGACUGCUUCAUGAGAUGUGUGAAAGAAGAGGGAUAUAGUGUGCUCUGGCGAGGUUUGGGAACUGCAGUUGCCAGAGCCUUCCUCGUGAAUGGUGCUAUCUUUACUGGCUAUGAGACAGCGCUCAGAACAACAGAAGACAGCAAAGCAAGGGGAAGCACCGGGGAGACAGAAAAUAUUAAGACAGAUAAAAGUGGUUAUCCUGCACUGGAUGAUGAAGCAAUAGACAACUCCACUGAACCAUGUGAUGUCUUGGACACAAAAGUUAGGAUUCUCAAAUGA